AGUCCCGGCUCCCGCCAUGAACGAAAACUUAUCUCUUCAGUUGUGAUUGUGAAAAGCCCGAACGAAGUGCUCUCUCUCUCUUUCUCUCGCACACGCACAGAUGUUGCUUCCUCCCUAUCACCUAAUUCCUUCAUUUUCGACAAAGACCCUAGAUUCAGCACCAUUGUUCUUCCCUUCACCAUCUCCAAAAAUUCUAAUAUUUCAAAACCCUAAACCUCCCAAGUUCCUCCUGCAAAGCUAUGCCGCUGAUGUCAGGACUGUAAGCAAAACUGCCAUUCAAAGAAUUUCCGAGAAGCUCCGCAGUCUCGGUUAUUUGGAGGACAAUUCGAGAGAAAGCCAACAACCAGAAACCAACCAUGGCUCAGCCGGUGAGAUCUUCAUACCUUUCUCUCACGAAUUGCCGAAAUACCGAGUCGGUUAUACUAUCGACUCGAGCUGGAGUACCCCGGAAAAUCCAGUUCCGCACCCCGGUUCGGGAGCUGCUCUAUCGAGAUUCCAGGAGUUGAAGAGGAAGGUAGAGAAACAAAAGAGGUCAACUAAGAAAGAGGAGAGGGCACCGACAUUGGCGGAGCUGACAAUUCCGGAGCAGGAAUUGAAGAGGCUCAUAACAAUUGGUAUUGGAUUGAAGAAGAAAUUGAAGGUUGGAAAGGCGGGAAUCACGGAGGGCAUUGUAAAUGGAAUUCAUGAGCGGUGGAGGCGGUCGGAGCUUGUUAAGAUUAGGUUUGAGGACCUCUGUAGUAUGAACAUGAAGAGGACUCACGACAUAUUGGAGAGGAAAACUGGGGGACUUGUCGUUUGGAGGUCUGGAAGUACCAUCAUCUUAUAUCGAGGGGCCAACUAUGAAUAUCCUUACUUCAAGGCCAACAAAAAUACAGCCUCUGACACUUCAAACACAAAUAGUGGUGGUGAUGGUGGCAGCACCAACUCGUUACAUAAGGUUGACAAAGAAUCUGCUCAAACAGGUCAGUCAAAUGGGAUUGCUUGCCCACCAUUGGUACAUGGUGUUGGUUCCCCAGAUAAAGUACGAUUCCAACUACAAGGUGAGAUAGAAUUUGCAGAAGAAGCUGACUGUCUGUUGGAUGGACUGGGUCCACGCUUUACUGAUUGGUGGGGAUAUGAUCCUCUACCUGUUGAUGCUGAUCUUUUACCGGCCGUUGUUCCUGGGUACCGGAAACCGUUCCGUCUUCUUCCAUACGGGAUACAACCUAAGUUAACAAAUGAUGAAAUGACCAUCUUAAGGAGACUUAGCCGUCCCUUACCAUGCCAUUUUGCAUUAGGAAGAAAUAGGAAACUUCAGGGUUUGGCAGUUUCCAUGGUUAAGCUAUGGGAAAAAUGUGAGAUUGCAAAGAUUGCAGUUAAGAGAGGUGUCCAGAACACGAACAGCGAAUUGAUGGCCGAAGAGUUAAAGCGGCUGACUGGAGGCAUUCUUCUUUCACGGGAUGUGGAAUUUAUUGUAUUUUACAGAGGAAAGGACUUUUUGCCUCCAUCUGUUUCAACUGCAAUAGAAGAGAGGAGAAAGCAUGGAACAGGCAGAAGCAAACAGAGGGUAGAGAAUAGUUCAUUGAUUGACAAUAUGCCUGAAACAGAUAUAAAGACUGCAGGGCAUCCAUCUGCAAAUAAAUUUGAAGGUGGAUAUGAUCAGAAGAGAAACCUUAUAUCUGACAAAACUAAAGAGAGCUCAAAGUCAGCUAUUUACCGCAUUACCACCAAGCUUUCUUUGGCAUUAGAAAAGAAGACAAAGGCAGAGAAGCUUCUAGCAGAUCUAGAGAAAGCUGUAGAGCCCCAGAAACAAGAGUCAGAUAGAGAGGGUAUCACUGAAGAAGAAAGAUAUAUGCUCAGGAAGGUUGGACUGAGAAUGAAGCCUUUCUUACUAUUGGGUAGACGAGGAGUCUUUGAUGGAACUGUUGAGAACAUGCACCUCCACUGGAAAUAUAGGGAACUUGUAAAGGUAAUUUCUAGUGAGAGGUCAAUUGAAGAUGUUCAAAGAACAGCACGAACAUUAGAGGCUGAAAGUGGAGGUAUACUGGUGGCAGUGGAGAGAGUGAACAAGGGUUGUGCAAUCAUUGUUUACCGUGGAAAGAAUUAUCAACGCCCUGUUGAUUUGAGACCUAGGACACUCUUGAACAAAAAAGCAGCAAUGAAGCGUUCCUUGGAGGCACAGCGCCAUAAGUCUUUGAAGCUUCACAUCUUGAGGCUUACCAGGGACAUAGACCAAUUGAAGCUGCAGUUGGGCAAUGAAAACAUGAAGACAAAUUGUCUACAGUCAACAGCUCAAAAAAUACCAGAUACUGAGUCUGUAACCAGUGAAAUCUAUGACUCUACAGAUUCUGUUCAUGACCAAGAAGGUGUAGAGGCUGCAGAAAGGCAUGAAUCUGGUUCAACUUCUACAUGCUCAAAUUUUUGCAUGCAUAUGUCAAGUGACACUGCAGAAACCCCUGAGCAGGAUAAGUUUGUGGAUUCCAUUUCCAGAUAUGAAGAUGAAACAGAUAAAGCUGAAUUGGAGUCUUCAUCUGAACAAGUCCUUGAAGAAACUGAUUCAAACAAUUUCUCAGAUGAAGUAGAAGAAAGAGGCACUGGUGUUUCUAUAUCUCAUUCUGAGAGUUCAAUGUGGCAUGGUGGGACAACAUAUUCUGUCAAUGAUAAUGGCACCACUGGUCUUUCUGAGGAUGAGACAAGGGAAUCACCUGUUGAAUCAAUCGGAGGAAAACCUGAGUUAUCAGUUCACAAAGAUGUACAGAAAGGAAAUAAUGAGGUUUCCUUUAGAGCCUCACCUCUCUCCAAUAGGGACAGGCUUAUUUUACGAAAGCAAGCACUCAAGAUGAAAAGGCGUCCUGUGCUAGCUGUUGGGAAGAACAACAUCAUUACCGGCGUAGCAAAGGCAAUCCAGAUACACUUUCAGAAGCACCCUCUUGCUAUAGUGAAUAUUAAAGGCAGAGCCAAGGGAACCUCGGUUCAGGAGGUGGUUUUCAUGCUGGAGCAAGCAACAGGUGCUGUAUUAGUCUCUCAGGAGCCCAGCAAGGUCAUUCUCUAUAGAGGUUGGGGAAAGGAUGACAAGCCUAGUGGUGCCAAUAAAGACACUAGAAAUUCGCUUAAGACUUGGCCAGACAAAGGGGAAAACACCCUAGGAUCAGUUCCUCCACAGCUCAUGGCAGCAAUCAGACUUGAAUGUGGAUUUCAGAGUAGCCAAGAAGAGGUAAACCUGUAGACUGUUAACAGUAUUCCUGAAUCAUGUGCCCACAUUUAUCCAUAGCUACAAAGGUUUUUUGUCCCUGAGGAAAGCUCUUAAUGGAGAUUGAAACGAGAUGUGCAGCUUUUCGGCCAUAUGUAUACAUAACAUUCAUUGAUUUCAUUA